AUGGCCUCUCUGCCCGGACUCACCGACCCUUUGGAACCGCUGAACGUCGCGCCGGACGCGCACCAACAGCACUGCGUCGCACUGGACGCGGGCGCCGAGUGGCGCGUCCGAAUCCCCCAGGACUCGCAACUAACACUCACAAUCAAACAGGGCAUCGCCGAGAUCUUUGGCACGGAACUCGCCCUGGCAAUGCCCUACACGUUCCAGGGCACCAGCAUGGCCGUACGCGCAGUGGAGGACGUCGCGCUGGACUGGUCUGCGACCAGUCCCGGCGACGUGGAGCAUCGCAUCGUGAGCGAAGCGGACACCAACGCUUCGCACCUGUACAACUUGCACUUCGCGCUCGAUAAACUGCGGGCUGCGGCCAAUGCUGGAAGCUCGAGCUCGAGCAUGUCGACGUCGACAGACCCGCGCGUGCUACUCGUGGGCGAACGCGCCGCGGGCAAGACCAGCGUGGCCAAGACCCUGUGCAGUUACGCUCUCAAGACUCGCGCUCAGGGACCCGUCGCGGUCAACCUAGACCCACAACAGUGCGUGUACGCACCGCCCGGGUGUGUGUCUGCGACGCCGAUCUCGGACUUGAUCGAUGUGCAGAAUAACGGAUGGGGCCAUAGCACCACCAGUGGUGCCACGGCGUUGCACGCCAAGCAACCGUUGGUCAAGAACUUUGGACUAGAACGCAUUGGUAAUAAUCGACCGCUAUACCUGGCGCAAGUGCGCCAGCUCGCGGUCUCGCUGGACGCACGUUUGGCGCGCGACGCCGGAUUGCGUCGCGCUGGCGUGGUGGUCGACACUCCAGCGCUCGCCGAACUGUUGAUAGAAGAUGAGAAACGGGACUUUUCCCUGGUCCGAGAACUGGUCGCACUGUUCCACAUCAAUGCCGUGGUGGUGUGUGGUUCGGACGAUUCACUUGCAGUGGAGUUGCAUCGCGAAUUGCCCGUUGAAACGCUCACCAUCGUAAGGUUGCCCACGUCGAGCGGUGUAGUGCUCACCGAGGACGUGCAACUGCGUGCUCUGCAACGCAAUGCCAUUCGAGACUAUUUCUACGGGGACGCUACCACGGUGUUGAGUCCUUACGCGGUGAGUGUGGAUUUCGACGCAAUUACCGUGUGGGAACCCGAAAGCACGGUCUCGGGCACGCUGGAGGCCGGUCGCGAGCCGCAGGCGCGGCUCACACCGGUGGAGAUCAAUGCCAGUAAUUUACAGCACGCUUUGGUGGCAGUGACAUAUGCUGGACGCCGUGCGUCGCGGGAAGAAGUGCUGGAAAGCUCAAUUCUGGGGUUUGCGUUGAUUUUGGAGGUUAACGACACCCGACGCAAGCUUAGGGUGUUGUUGCCAGUGCCUGGUCGUCUCCCGGACACGGCGUUGAUAUUGACAGCAAGCAGGUACUUGGAGUAG